AGUCUUCGAUCCUCCCACUAUGGGCUGCAGUAUAAAGCCUGAGCUAGCAACUGAACAACAGCAAAACGAAGAAGCUGGGACGUAUUUGUUUACAAAAGAAUUUGGAGGGAUUUCUUUUUGUUUUGAAUUUGUUUACGUUGGAAAAUGUCUGCAACAUCUGUAAACCCUAACAAUUGGCAUUGGACUAGCAAGGAUUGCCGGUUAUGGACUAGGGAUUACCUUGAUACGGAGCUUGUCAAGAUUGCGGUGGAUGAGGGUGAUAAGAAGGCCGCUAUUAGCAGAGUCAUUAGUUGUGAAGGUGAUGUGGAUGUUGCCAUGCGUAAACGUAAGAUCAUUACCAUUUAUGACUUGAAGAUCCAGAUGGAAUUCAACGGUGAAGUCAAUGGUACUGAAGCUUCAGGUUCCAUCACUUGUCCUGAGGUUUCUUAUGAUUUAGGUCCUUCCGAUUAUGUUUUUGAGAUGGACUUGUAUGAAGCCAACAAAGAGAAAGAGCCUGUAAAACAGUUUGCCCGCGAGAAGUUGCUCCCUAAGGUUCGUGAGUUUUUUGGUAGUCUCUCGAAAGUUUUGUUGGAAACUCAUGGUAACGACGUUUACUUGUCGACCGAAGAACACAACGGUAAUGCUGCUCGGGGACUCCCUAGCCAUAGUAGCCUUACUGGUCAACAGAAAAUUGGCAAAACGUCUACCAACACACCUUCCAAGUCUGCUUCUUCCCUCUCUGCCAGUUCUGGUUCUGAUGGUUCUCAUGCUUCUGCUGUCGUCAAUACUUCCAACAUCUCUGAAAACUUUAGUUUUGAUGCUCCCGCUGAUGAGCUUUAUGCCACUUUUUUUAGAUCCUGCUCGUGUCGCUGCUUGGUCUCGUGCUCCUCCUCAGCUCGAUGUUCGUCCCCAAGGUCCCUUUUCCCUCUUUCACGGCAACGUCGUAGGCCGUUUCCUUAUUUUGGAAGAAAACAAGCGCAUCGUACAAACUUGGCGUCUGAGCGCCUGGCCCACUGGUCACUAUGCUGAAAUCUCUUUGAGUUUUGACCAAGCUGAUACUUAUACCACAUUACGCAUGGUUAUGAAGGGAGUGCCCAUCGGAGAGGAGGAGAUUGUUCAAAACAAUAUUCAGGAUUAUUACAUCCGUCCCAUAAAAACUAUUUUCGGUUUCGGUGCUGUCCUUUAAAAGGUGUUUGGAUCGGAGUUGAUGUUCUCGACUUUAUCAGCGUUGAAAAAGAUCAAAAUGUGUUGGCGUAAAUUUUAUCUUUUACGUGUCCUUUUCAUAUAGAAUUUCAGUGAUCAGUUCUUUCUGAAACUAAACGACGGUUUACAAUAGCUCAAAGAGUUAAAAGCCAUUUGUGAUGAUAAUUUUGGAGUAAUGCUUUGAAAGGAUUCAAUCCUUUUCGUCCUCUUUGGAAUGAUAUAUUUACGUUUCCGUUAAGAAUAAUCACAAUCAAUAAGAUUUUAAUGAGAAAGACGAUAUAGAACUACAUCUUAUUUAAUCUUAACUAUAUCUUUAGUAUAGAAAACUGG